AUGACGUUCCCCUCAAGCUGUCUAAUCUGCCUCAACCCAACAGCCAACCUCUGCGCGCGCUGCAAGUCAACCUCGUACUGCUCUCGUGCCUGCCAACUGUCGGACUGGCCCUCGCACAAACUCCUCUGCAGCGCCUUCCCCAAGCAGUUGCCCCGUCCCUCAGCAAAAUACCAACUCGCCAUCCUCUUCUCGCCCGAGCAAGACAAACCAGCCCUAGUCUGGGCGCCGCGGACCUCAAUCCCGACGCGGUGGACAGACGGCAACUAUGCCUCGAUUGUGCAGAACUGGAACUCCAAGCUCAACAAACUGCUCGAGCUGGACGGGAAGGAGGUUUCCGGAACCAAGUUCUUCAUCUGGAAUGCGCGGUUGGCGAAGCCGUUGCAACGAACACUGGUUGUCUUUCACUGCAACUCUUCUUUGUUAUCCAUGUCCGCCUUGUCCCCGAAGAGGCUAUUCGAAUCCCACCGCAGUAGUGGCCAAAGUGAUGGCAAGAGCAAGAACACAACCACCUCUCGCACCAAGAAAUGCCAAAGCUUUCUAACAACUUUUCAAUCCCACCCCUCCGGCCCGCACCGUCCCCUGAGAUGGUACCCGGGCCCCUCGCUCCUUGCCGCCUACGACCCGAACGGCUCCGCAGUUGACAUCACUCUCUCAGACCUGCGCCACGCGAUCGACUCUAUCCACGACACUGACUUUUCCUGGGCCGGAUCAUCCCUCGCCCCCUCCCUCACCUCGCUGAAAGCGUAUUUACGGAUCCAGGGCGAAGAACCGCGUAUCUUGGAAGCGCCCCGGCGGAGAUUGAUAUCGGUGGAAGAGAGCAUUGCCGCUGUCCGCGUCCAUGGCACGAAGGGAUUGUUGCAGGAAGGACACGCUGUGUGCCCUGUGAGUAUCGUGGCGGAGCACCCGAUUCGUAACGGUGGGGGAGCGGCAUCCCUUGUUUCGAGCCUUUUGGGAAUUCCGCUGCGGAUUCGAAAGCACGGCGACAACGACACCAAGGAUGAGAAGAAUCACUACGCCGCCUCUCUAAUGCUGGAUCUCGACCCGUCAUCUCCUACUUGGGGCACCAUUCCCGCAGAAUGGAACGAAGGAGUUGGCGAUAUCCUCCUUGUGUCGAAUACGGAUUCUACCUCCCUCUCCGGCACGGAACUGUGCAAAGCCGUCGGUGUCUGCGGGUUCGUCAACGAUAUGGUUCUUCCGCGUGUUCGGAACGCACUGCUGAAGAUGCUGGAGGAGGACGAGAAGACAGGCCAAGAGGCCAAGGACGAGGUCAUGCGGUUUGUCAAUGCGAGGAGCUUUCACAAGUACCUUGCAAGAUGGACGAAUGAAUUUGUGGAUUAUGGGGAUGAGGAGUGCGCAGGGAGCGCGGGAAGAGAGGUGCUGCCGCUGGGGGUAAGGAUGAUGACAUCGGUGGCUAAGAAAAGAAUGGAUGGAAAUUCAUGA